AUGUGUGUGAAUCCUCGAGCACACAUUCGUCCGAGAAAACAGGUUGAUAGUAUUUCUUUCUUCCUUUAUUUUCGUCUUAUUUCUGUCUCUCUGUCUCAAGUGAGAUUUCUCUCCUCCUCUCUCUCUCCCUUUUGACGAGAGAUCUCAUCCCUUCUCUCUCUCAUGAGAGCUCUCUCUUCUAUCUCUCUUCUCUCUCUCUUUUCCUUCUUCCCUUUCUCCACUUUCCAUCCUUUAUUCUUCUCACCUCAUCCUUUUAUUUUAUUAUUUCUGUUAAGUAUUAAUAAAAUAUUAAAAUCACUUUAUAUAUAAAUUAAAUUAGUUUUCACGACGGAUUAAUCAAUCUCCUUGUCUUUGACUAGAGACUUACUUCUAUACUAGUAUUUUAUUAAUUCUUAGUUAUAAAUAUUAUUAGAUAAUGUGUAUUUAAAUACGACGACAAGUGCACACCAUCUUUUUAGUGCCUUUAAUGGGGAGAUCCAUUUUUAGUCAGUGUUAAUUGAUUUAGUUUUAUAUAUUUCAGUGAUUUAAAAAAAAUAGCUUUCAUUAUUUUCAUUCAAAUAGUAUUUCAAAAAAUUAAAAAAAAAUUAGAAAAGUUUAUUAGGCUCAUUUGAUUUCUAUUUUUCUUGCAUAAGUUAGAAUUUUAAAUCUUUAGUUUCUAUUUAUUUACUUGAGUAUCUUAAUUUUUCAUUGAUUCUAUACUUCUCUUUGACAUAUUUAUUAGAAUCAUAUCUUCAUGUCAUGAUCAUUGUUAGAUUCAAAUUCUGAAAAACUUGAUUUAUGAAUGGUAAACAUAGCUUGCAACCAAUCUUAGAAAAUUAGUUACUAACCAAUCUAAGAAUUUAGGGGCACAAGAAAAACGAAAUUUACCACCCAUAUUAGAGACUCCAACAAUAGAAAAAGGAAAAAAAUCAUUAUUUAUAGAAGUAGAAUCACCUAGGAUGGAUCAUCCAGCCCAAGAGAGUGAGAAUGUUGAAAAUACUCAACCUUAUAAACCUAUGUGUGAUUAUUAUACACCUGAUUUAUAUAGACCUACUUUAUAGGUUAGACCUCCUAUUUUGCCAAAUGUUUAUUUUGAUAUUCGUCAUAGCACUCUAUAAAUGCUUCUUGAAUUUCAUGGGUUAGCUAAUGAGGAACCAUAUCAACAUAUUCUUUGAAUUUUAGCUGCAUGUGAACUUAUUCAUAUUCCUAAUAUUCCUCAAGAUGCACUUAGGUUACGUCUCUUCUCAUAUUCAUUGCAUGAUAAAGCUAGAGAUUGGCUCACAUCAUUACCACAUGAGAUCACCACAUGGUUAGAAGUAGAGUAAGCAUUUUUGAGAAAAUUCUAUCCUAUUGGCAAGACUCAUGCCAUGCGGAAAAUCAUUCUCCAAUUUACUCAAAAAUCAGGAGAAGCAUUUCAUAAAUCUUGGGAAAGAUUCAAGGAACUUCAAAGGAAAUACACACAUCAUGAAAUUGCCAAGUGGCAACUAAAUCGUGUAUUUUAUGAUGGUAUAUCUGAACAACAUAAAAAUACUAUAGAUGCAGCAUGUGGAGGCACAUUCAUGAGUAGGGAUGAGGAUGAAAUUUAUAAACUAUAUGAAAAUUUAAGUGAGAAUUUAGCUGAACGUGAAUCUUUUGCUUUAUAUGAUCGCAACAAUAGUGAAAAUAAAAAAGGAAUCUUUGAGGUUAGAAAUCAUGAUGCAUUAGACAUUAGAUAUGAAGUUAGUGAGGUUCAUCAAAAGUUUAAUAUUUUAUAUGAUCAUUUGCUGCAUAAAAAAGAACCUACACAGCCUAUACAACUUUCAUAUUCCAGAUGUUCAUCAUGUGGUAGAACUGAUCAUUAUGAAUCUCAAUGUCUUAAUUUAGAUCAAGAAUAUGCACAUGCACUUCAUGAUCAUAGGAAUCAAUCAAAUCCUCGAAAAAAUUAGAAUAGUUUUUCAAAUUUUCAAAAUCAUGGUAUGAAUUCUUAAUCAUUUUCUAGACCUAAUCAUACAUUUAAACCUUCUCAUCAACCACAAUAUAAUGCUAAGCCUUCUUUUCAGUAAAAUACUCAUAAUUUUCAGUAAGGUACUCAUCAGCCACCAGCCAAAAAUUUCAUCCCUUCUUCUUCAAGUUCAGUCGCUAAUUUUGGCCCACAAUAUCCUAAUUCAUAUCAAAAUCAAUCUGAUAUGAAUUCAAAUUCGAUGCAACAGUUUAUGGGGCAAAUGAUGCAGUAGUUUCAAGAAAUAAAUACAUCUAUGAUGAAGAUGAUGGAGCAAAUUAGGCAAGAAAAUCAGCAAACAACCCUUAGGAUAGAAAAAGAGAAAGGUAAACUAGCUAGGCCCACUCAAAACGUGAAACAGGUCAUCUUCCUAGACAACUCAUCAUGA